CUUGCUCUGGUUAUGGCUGGUAGACUAUCUUUGGUGUUGUGGGUGUUUUGCUGCUUAGCUCCCCUGGAGAGUGCCGGCCCUGUCAGAUCAGAUACAGUACUAGUAGGUGACGUAUGGCAUGAUACACCGGCGGAAACAAAGCUGCAAAGACGAGAGAGAACCUGAGCUGAUGCUUGCUUGCUUGGAACGGCUCUUUCCGGGCUUAGCUCGCUCCGGGGGGAUGAGCAUCCUCACUGCUGGCUGCACUGCUGCAGUUCAAUCUAUUCAAAAGGAGGUACGAGGACAACUAUGGCAACAAAGAUACCCGUGCAAGAAAAAUCCACGGUAGCAAGCCGAUGAAGUGGAAUGCUACAAUGCAUUUUAAAAGAGGUGGUGGUAGGUGAAAGGCAUACUUAGAGUGACGGAAAGGAAAGGUUACUAACGGUAGAAGCGGAAGGCUGUGUAUGUAUCGGUAGGAACCAAGCAACCAAAGAUCUGAAUGAUUUAUGAAGGUCAUUGAGGUGGGGGCAAAGGCCAUGCUGGUAACUAUGAAAAUGAUGAGAUUGUUGUUCAAAAUGGAGCAUAUUGUCGAAAUAAAGACUUUUGCUAGACAAAUGAGGAUUAAAACCCACCAAAUUACGGUUCCGGAAGUCUUUUUGAGCCUCAAAGAUCUUUUGUAGGGAGCAAUGAGGUUUUUCCCUUCUUCACUGUUUUCGAGUGUAUCAUUGGCAUGAAGGCAUGAAUGAAGCGCUCUUUCCCACUACUACCAGCAACACAACCAUAGCCGAGAGGCCUUUCAAGCAGCAGCAGCAGCAGCAAGCGAAGACUUUCACUCAUUAACUUUUGGUCAUACGGUACGAUACCGGUAGCAAUGUCUUCUUCCAACGAGAGUGAGUUUGAUUUGGACGAUGAAUUGGCCGAUUUGUCGGAAUUGGGAUUGGAGGAUAUAGAGCCCUCAUCAGUGACUCCCAAGAAGGGAUUUACCAAGACAAUGAACAGCAGUCACAACAGCGAUCGCUUUCGUCGAUUUUCGGCGGCUCCAGCACCGGCUCGUAAGAGUAGCAGUGCCAGUACUGGCAGUGUGGCCAAACUGUGGAAAGCGCGUGGCAAGCAAGGAAAAGUGGAUCAGAGUGUCAAUCUCAUGUCCGUUUCCCAUCAUCAUCGAGAAUCCAGCAACGGCACGAAUGGUACUGGUUGGGGACAAUCCAGUCUCACAAACAUUUUCCUAGAUCGAGACUCCAUGGCUGGAUCAAGUCGCAGCAGUAUGCAUGAUGAUUCUUCACACAAGAAUGGAAAAGCUAAACUCAAAAAAUGGCCCGUCUUUGUCGUCUUGAUGAUGACAGUACUUAUUGUCCUCAUUCUCAUUAUCACAGUGCCCACGGGAGGAAUCAUCUUUGUUGCUUCGCCACCCAAGGAAAAGAGCACUCCUGUGCCACAACCACAAGAAGGACCAAACUCACAGCAACAAGCCGAGCUCGAACACCUCAAGGCAAAAACAGAGCGUCUCAACGAAUUGAAUGACAUGCUUGCUCAAGCCGGCAUUCCACCCAAUGAAAACACGGCCGCCAACAAGGCCGUUCAUUGGAUUGCAGUAGAAGAUCCGGCACAGCUGCCACUCGACAACACUAGCAACCACAACCCACAACAACUCUUGCAACGAUACACCCUCGCACUCUUUUACCAUUCCCAACAACAGGGUGUACCCGUACUACAAGAUCAAGUUCAAACGACGACAAAGGCCGCCAAACGAACUGGUGGUCGUCAACUCGAACACAAGCAACAAAGCACUGAUUUGACCAAUCGCGCCUAUUUCGACAAGGCGUGGAUGACACCGCGUCAUGUCUGUCAUUGGCAUGGGGUGGUCUGCGAUAGUACAGGGCAAAUUGUACAUGAAAUACGACUCCAACAAACGUUGCUACAGGGAACCAUCCCUCACGAACUAUUCGUCACCAUGCCUUCCUUGACUGGUAUUAACUUGAUGCACAAUCAGUUGCACGGGAGUAUUCCCAGCACGUCCACCCAUACUGCAAAUAAAACUGUGACCAAGCUGGAAAACUUGUUGUUGGGAGACAAUCAAUUGACCGGAUCACUGCCCCACCACUUGUUUCAAGAUUUGCCUACUUUGCAGGUACUCAUCUUGGAGGGCAACAAACUAACUGGAGAGCUGCCACAAUUACCACCCCAAAAGAACAACCAAAACAACAACAAUGACAACAAUCUGCGGAUUCUAUCCCUGGCAUCCAAUCACUUGGUUGGAUCCAUACCCACAUCCUAUGGAGAACAACUAGCUGGUCUGCAAAAGCUUCAUUUGGAUGGAAAUAGUGGUCUCAAAGGGGCUGUUCCAUCCGAGUUGGGGCUCUUGCCGCACUUGGAACGCAUGGAAUUGGAUGGUACCAGUCUCGUGGGGGACAUGCCAUCAGAAGUGUGCGCCCUCCGACAAACGUCCAGAUUGAAGUAUUUGGUAGCAGACUGUACCACGGGGAAGAUUCAAUGCGAUUGUUGCUCCGAUUGUUACUAA